AUGGCGACGAAGGAAAAGUGAGGGAAAUUCUAAAAAAUCUGGAAGCAAUGAAUCGUGCAUUCAGAGUUCCCGUUGACGAUCUGAAUCUUCCGUACUUCCACGGAGCUCUGAUGAAUAUCGAUGCGGAUCAGCUACUCGUGGUACUUACCUUCGAGCCGCCUGAAUUUCUGAAUAUUUCACAUUUUCCAACAGAACGAUGGAGAUUUCAUGGUGACAAUGAAGAUGCAGGCGGACAUCAACAAACUCGUUAGUGCAGGGUGGCUUCUUUACGCUUUCAGACGUUUCUUUCAGCGAUUCUUUUGGCAGUCCGUCUCAAAAAGGGCAUUCGUCGGUACGAGAUUAAGAGAACUUUGAAAUCGGCAAAACUUGGCGUUCGUUUGAGCUCGAGCGACAUUUUCUUGGAAGAAUCUUUUGCAGUCGUUGUCUGCCGUAAACAUUGGGAAACUGAUAGAUUUGGUCAAAACAGAACCGUUCGAAAUAAAGGGCGAAAAGGUGGUUCUGAAAAGAGCGAUUCCGAAGGGAAAGUUCCAACUGAUGCACAGGGACGUCGUGUUCAAGAAGAAGAUCGGCGCGGGAGCCUACGGAACGGUUUACCGAGGCAGAUUGCUCAAAACGAACGAGGUGAUCGCGGUGAAAAAGUUGGAUUCGGAAGGAACGGACGAGGAGGGACUCGCCGAAAUGAUGAAAGAAGCGAGGGUGAUGCAGUUGUACGACCACCCGAACAUUGUCAAGUAAGCGAGAGAAAGAGGGAAUGGAUGGGAAGGGAACUCGCAGAUUCCACGGAUUCAUUCUCGACGACCUGCCCUACCUUCUUGUGCUCGAGUUCUGCAACAUGGGCGCCGUGGAAGACAGGCUCCGCGAGAGAGGAGAGCAGCUUUCGGUGAACUCGCGAGUCAGCUACACCUACAUGGCAUCGUGUGGAAUCGAUUACCUGCACAAGAAGAAGUUUCUUUUCCGUGCCGUGCUUCUCUAACACGUCGUUCUGCAGCUGCAUCCAUCGUGAUAUUGCCUCCCGGAACUGCCUCAUCCACAGAGGAAUCGUCAAAAUUGCCGAUUUCGGAAUGUGUCGUGCUCAGGCCGUCUACAAAAUGGAUCUUUCGAAGCCUUGCAACGUGCGCUGGCUGGCUCCGGAGGUGUGGGACAAUGGGGAAACUCGCUUUAACACUGACAUCUACGCCUUCGGAAUAAUGAUGUGGGAGUUCUUCGAGACGCCAUUCAGAACUCCGUACUGCGAGUGGAAGGCGGCCCAAGUCAAGGUCCGUGAGACAUUUCGCGUUCGAUGACAUUCGAACAAGCAUUACAGCGAAAAACUCGUGAGGGCUACAGAAUGCCGCCACCUGCCACAAUGCCGGAGCCGAUCGCUGAAAUCAUGAAAGAAUGCUGUUCUCACGAACCGGAUAAGCGCCCAACGGCGGAAAAACUUAAGGAGAAGCUGGAAGAAGUGAGCAAGAAGUAUGAAGUGGCCUGCCCCAGUGUAGCGAUAACGACUCGCACCGAACCGACCAAAUCGAUCGUUACCUAA